AUGGCUAAAGCACCUACCCUUAGCCCGCGCUCCCUCCAAAGCCGCCUCACCCACAUCCUCAAGCACUGGCCCUCGGACGCAGUGCGCCCAGCCUCGGUCUCCGUCCAAUCCUACAUCCAAUCCCGUCUCCAACCAGCAGACAAGUCCAGCCCAGCAAUCUCCGAGUCCUCCGUGAAUGCACUUGAAUCGCUGCUGAACAACCGCUACGCGCGCAAAUACCCCAUGCCAGAGAAGCUGCGCCGGCCGGCCAGUAACCCAGACCACUAUGACAAUGUCGUACGUGAGUUCGCGGAGGCGCCGAACCGUGAUUGGUUUGGCCGGGUAAAAAAGAGGUUGGCCGGUAUUAUCCGCUUGACGUGA